UCAACCAAUGAGGCAGGCUGGAUAUCAGAAGAGACCCGCCCUUUAAGAGACGAACAACACAUAUGGAGUGUUGAACUAGUAGCAAGUUGGCGGUCAAAGGACGCUGAAUUUCAGGCUUUAUGUUGUAGUUAUACGAGUGACAGUUUCCAAACUGAUUCAAGGGACGUGAUGCGAUCAUAUCAUACGUAGUUUUUAGUUUUGUAGCAGACGCUAUCGAACGGGUCAACACUUAGGUAUCUUGGCUACGACAAAAACAACAAAGCUUAGUGGCUAGCUAGCUAAAACAGUAGCAUCUGCUGGUUUUCACCCUCGCCGUGCUUAGCUAAUUAACCAACGAAGAGCACGACUCGGACAGAAAUGGAGAAGAGAGACUUCCUGAAGGGACUGCCUGUCUACAACAAAAACAACUUCAGCAGGUUCCACGCAGACUCUGUGUGCAAAGCCUCAAACCGUCGACCAUCUGUGUAUCUUCCAACUCGGGAUUAUCCAUCAGAGCAAAUCAUAGUCACAGAGAAGGCAAACAUCUUAUUACGAUAUCUACAUCAGCAAUGGGAUAAAAAGAAUGCGGCAAAAAAGCGAGAACAGGAACAAGCAGAGGGGGAGAACACGGCGCCUCCGCGAAAAAUCGCAAGAACAGACAGCAGAGAGCAGAAUGACGAUUCAUAAACUGCUGUGCCGUCGAUUCUCAGAGUAGAGACUGACCUACUCAGACAAAAUGCACAAGCUGAUGCAAAAUACAUGCUUGCAAACACAGGCCUUACAGCAGAUGCACAGUUUGACUUAUUUCAGACUGCAGCUGUGAAGUCGGUCAUUAUAUUUACACUUGACUUUAGAGUUCUUCCUAAACCAAAACCCUUUUUUCCCUUUGUUUAUUUACUGCUUUCACGCAUUUUUCUUCACUUUGAGGAGGCCACACUUCUACUUCAGAGGCUUUUUUGUUCUCUUUUCAUAGCAGUCUUAAAAAUAUCAAACAUCUACCUCCUUAUUGCUCAGUCCCUCUGUUCUUUUCUCUCACUUACGUUAAACGCAGGACAAAAAAAUAAAUAAAAUCAUUGCUUUUCUGCUGUCCCUUAAAGGUUUAAGGAUGCAGUAAUUAACACAUAUCUGAAAUAUGCAUGUGCUGAUGGGAUGACCUUGUGGCUAUUUGUCAAUCAGGAACUUAGUUUUGAAUUAAGUCUAAACAGUAGUCCUUUAAAUGUUAUUUUAGGUAAUCUUUUUAGAGAUUACUGUCACAGUAAGUGGAACUAAGCAUUUCAUCACUGGUUUAGAUGUAAUGCUGGAUUCAGAGUUUUUUAUGAGCAGUUUUGCAGAAAAAGACGAGUGCUCGAAGAAAUGAUUGUUACCUCCUGAUGAAAAAUAUAAUGUGUUGCCUUAUGUGGGAGUGAGUGUGUUUCCGCCUGCGUCUUAGGUUUAUAUUGUUUCAGGAAGAUUAAUCACUGCAGAGUUGAAUGGACUUCAGUGUAAGAAAACAUUCAAGCCAAUGUUUAUACAAGAGGAUGCAAUUUUUCUUUCUUUUUUUUUUUUCUUUUUUGUACAGAUUUUGUAGCCAAAAUCUCAGUUGGCUUCUUAGUACUUCAACACUUGGAUCUUUGUAAUGGCACCAUUAGUGCAGUAUUUUAAUGAAUAAUGUGUGUCAGUUACACUAAUGUUUUGGUAUUUUGGAAGGACUGCUGACAGUUCUGGCUGUAAAUGUGUGCAGUUCUCAUUUGUUUAAAUACAUCAGUCGUUUGAGUCAUGUUGAGGAAAUCUUUUUGGAUCAGCAAGGCUCAGUACACACGUUGCGUUUGCUGCAUGUAAAGUGUGACACUCCUCCCAAGGCUCUGCAAAUCUUAUAUAUUUGUACAGUAUGUAUAUUUCAAUUUCAAUUAAUAAGACAAGGAGUCACUCCAGUUUUGUCUUCCCCAAGCUAGCUGUAGUUAUCGUUCACAUUUAGCCACCGUUUCCCGUUAUGCCGUAGCGUAGGGAUACAUGCCAGAGUUUGUUUAAUUGAAACAAAAGCAUUUAACUCAUUUGCUGAGUUUUGAACUUUUGAAAUACUUUUUGAAAAUUCUAACCUGCUGCAGUGUACACCAAUCAGCCACAAAAUUAAAAGCGUCCUAAUGUGGGGGUCCUGAACCCACUCACCUACUUUGUUUAGAGAGCCACUUUAAGAAAAAGUGGAUGGUAUCAUACUAACCACACGAGUGCCCAAGGUUUCCAGCAGGAUGUUGCACUGCGAUAAGAUGAAGAAGAUGCUGUGCUCUUCAUCCUUGUGGCUGACUGGUGAAUGUUCAUAUUAGCUGCAUGCGCAGGUCAGUGCAAGGAGAAAACACUGUAGAUUUCACAAGUACUACUUUGAAUCGGAGACGUGCAGUGUUUUAUUUUCUUUAGCUUCACACAAAACUCACAUAUUUAUGUCAUAUGGUUUGUAUUUCAUCACUUAAGUUUAUUUUCCUUUGAGUUUGUUGUAUAGUUGUGUUGUCAGUUUCUGAUGUUCUUGUAUAGAUUGCUCUGUGACACACAGUAAAGACAGUAACUCAGUAAUCAGCAUCCAUUCUUUGC